AUGUAUGGAUAUAAUGAUUUAGUUCCUGUGUUUAAUGAAAUGGAAGGAAACAAGUUUCAGCCGCAGAAAAUCGACUUCAGCAAGGAGGAAUCUGAUAUAUUUGUUGGAAGGAAGUUUAAGGACAAAGCGCAGUUUAAGUUGACGAUGUCGAUCUAUGCACUCGCGAAAGUGUGCAGGUUCAAGUUUAGGCAUUGCAAACGCUACAUCACGGCUAAAUGCGUUGAUAAACAAUUACAAAAAUAUGGAACAUCUAGAGUUCUUGCUGCUCUUCUGCGCUCGAAAUAUGAAAGACUUCACUGUGGACCUCGUGCUAUGGAACUGCCAGAAGUACUGAGAACGGAAUUCAACUAUACAUGCACGUACUGGAAAGCUUGGAAAGCUAAGGAACUAGCAAUUGUGUCUGCCCAAGGAAUAGAGGAAAUGUCUUACAAGAUGUUACCACAGUACUUGCACGUACUGAAAUUAGCAAAUCCUGGAACAAUCACGGAUAUUAAAACCGAACUUGAUAGAAAAGGAAAAUUGAGGUUCCUGUAUGCAUUCAUGCUACUGAAGGCUUGUAUCGAUGGGUGGCAGCAUUUGCGUAAGGUUCUUGUGGUGGACGGCACCCACAUGUUUGAGAAAUACAAAGGAGUAUUGCUUAGUGCUAGCGGGCAAGACGCAGACUACCGCGUAUUCCCUAUUUCUUUCGCAGUAGUGGAUAGCGAGAACUCAGAUUCCUGGAAGUGGUUCUUCGAAAGGUUGUCAACAAUUGGAGAAGAUAGUUGUGAAUUAACAAUAAUUUCCGAUAGAUGCGCUGCUAUAUUUGUAGCUAAAGAUAAAUGA